AAAAAAAAGAAUUAUAGAUACUUUUGACAUUUUAAUGGUCAAAACGUGUGUUAACCAAUUGCACAUUUUGUUAAUACUCCAUCAAAGGACUGCUUUGUGGCUUUUCUGUGCGUGUUAAUAAACAAAGACCCUAAAUUAUAUUACAUAACAUAUGUCGUCACGUAUUACACACUUGGGCCACCCGGUUUUGAUGUAGUGUGGAGGUGCGUAGACCCAUCCAGUGGGAAGCAGCAAAUACUUUGAUACUUUCUUUUCUGGGAGUGAACCAUGAGCUUCUCUCUCACUUUUGACGUCGUGCUAAAAUCUUAGCACUUUUUGGACGUCUCCACCUGCGCGCUUAACAUCGACUUUUGGGGGGGUGGGAGUUCCUUAGUUUGUAUAGUGGUUAUAUUUAUAUACAUAUAUAUAUAUAAAAAUAUAUAUAUAAAAAAGAAAACAGUUUGGGGAAAUGAGCCAGAGUAGCAGACAGUCAUCUGGAGGCACAUUCUGGCCAGCGGGGGACAAAUUAACAACACGCGACAAUGUGCGCCAAAACAGCAUAUCGACAAAAACGGAGGAAAGUUGCUUUUUGGGUAAAACGACAAGAGGAGGCGAAUUUAAAGCGAACAAUGUGGAUGUUUACGCACGGUGUGACACGGAGAAGUGUUGCUGUCAUCGAGUCCCUCGCUGCGUCCCAGUGUCCGAGGCAGCCCGGGAACUCUGCAAGGCGGUGUCCGUGUCUCUGGGGCUGCAUGCCGACUCCAAUGGCGACGCUGAGCCCGCGCUCACCAGGGACGUCCCGCACGACCCAAUGCCCGUCGAGUGUUUAGCCACGCCGGGCGCAGCCAGGUACAACAGGUGCCCCUCUGGUGAGGAGGAGAUGAAGCCAUUACGUCGGACCUCUUCGGACUUAUUAUUAAGUGAGGCGUCUGACUUAACCCCGAGUCCCUACGCGUCGUCCACACCGCUUCUUAUGGAGCACCUCCACCGCGUCGUGGAGAGGCCAGGUCGGACCUACAAACCCCGGGAAGUCUCGACGGACUUCGGGGAGGACGCGUACCAAGUAGAGCCAUAUGUCAGCAUCAAGUCCGAGAUGAAUGGCGACGCCGAAGAGGGAAAGUGGGUCACUAUCGGCUGCACCCCUAACGAGAGGUACAACUGGGGGUCGAGGCAGUGCGUUGCUACGCCGCAGACGAGUGGAGCGAACACGGCCUUGAUUAGUGAUCCCUACCAGAGGAGCAGCGGGCAGUGGUACACCGGCGGAGGGGUGUUGGUGCCGACACACUCCAACCCCGACUUCAUCAAGAAGGAGGUGGGAGAGUGGCUGGAUGUCGCCUACAAAGACUCCUCCAGGUUUGAGACUGGCAGAGAGCACAUGUUCCCCAUGGAGUUCUUCUUCCCACCACAGAGGACAUGCCUCAUCUGUUCGGACGAGGCAUCCGGCUGCCAUUACGGUGCGCUCACCUGCGGCAGCUGCAAGGUUUUCUUCAAGAGGGCAGCAGAAGGCAAGCAAAAAUACUUGUGUGCCAGCAAGAACGACUGUACCAUUGACAAACUCAGAAGAAAAAACUGUCCAUCUUGUCGGCUGAAGAAGUGUUUUGAAGCUGGGAUGACUCUAGGAGCACGUAAACUAAAGAAGAUUGGACAACCAAAAAACCCCAAAGAGGAUAAUCCUGUUCAGGAUUCCGCUGAGGUUAUCCAUCAUGUCUCCCCUAAAUCGAGUGUGAACAUCAACUCCCAGACGGUCUUCCUUGAUAUUCUGCAGUCCAUUGAGCCUGAGGUGGUGAACGCGGGCCACGAUUACGCCCAGCCAGACUCAGCGGACAAUCUGCUCACCAGCCUCAACGAGCUUGGAGAGAGACAACUGGUCAACAUGGUCAAGUGGGCUAAAGGUCUACCAGGUUUCAGGAGUCUCCAUGUGGACGACCAAAUGACUGUCAUCCAACAUUCGUGGAUGGGCGUAAUGGUGUUCGCCAUGGGUUGGCGAUCACAUAAGACCGUCAACAGCAGGAUGCUGUACUUUGCGCCCGAUCUCGUCUUCAAUGAGCAUCGGAUGCAGAUCUCCACCAUGUACGAGCACUGUAUCCGCAUGAAGCGUCUGUCACAGGAGUUUGCAAUGUUGCAGAUAACGCAGGAGGAGUUUCUCUGCAUGAAGGCCCUGCUCCUCUUCAGCAUUCUACCAGUGGAGGGUCUGAAAAGCCAGAAGAACUUUGAUGACCUGCGCCACACCUACAUCAGCGAACUCCACCGCCUAGUGAAUUAUCGCAUUACAUCCAAUUGUUCUCAGAGGUUCUACCAAAUCACCCGACUGCUGGACUCCCUCCAAAUGACUGUAAAGAAGCUGCACCAGUUUACAUUUGACCUGUUUCUCCACGCUCAGUCAUGCCACUGCAAGGUCACCUUCCCAGAGAUGAUGGGAGAGAUUAUCUCAGUGCAUGUACCAAAGAUGUUGGCAGGUUUGACCAAACCCAUCUUGUUUCAUGAGUAAAACGACUCGUUUCCUUUUGUCUUAGUUUUUUUUAUUCUACCAAUGAGGCUUUGUACUGUUUAUUACAUAGUUUAUUUCAUCGCCUUGUUCUCAAGCCAUUUAUCUCCUCCCUCUACUUUUAAGCCAUAGUGACAUUGUUUUGUUACAACGGCUCAUGUUUUCUGUUUUGUGUUUAGCUCGAGCAGAAAUGCUUGUGUGAAAAAACACACACACAUACACUCUGUAAAUCAUUAUUACACCUACCGGCAGGGUGAAAAACACGUUUUGACAUCAUUAAACAGACACUUCAAGUACUUCUGCCCAAUCUAAAGAGAAACAAUAUGAUACUCUUUUUAAUUUUAUUUACACUAAUGGAAACAAUAUCUAUUUUUGUUAGUACUUGUAUUCCUCUCAGUAUAUUACAGUGCAAAUCAACACCACUGCAAACUACAAGGACAAAAACGCUGAUAUAAACUGAGCAUUAUAUUAAUAAUAUUAAUGGAGUCCUUAUAAUUCUCAGUAGAUUAUGAAGGUGUACCUACUGUACUGUAAUGUAGUGUCUGGCAAAGAUAAACCUAGUGUUAAGUGUUAAAUCUUCAUUUUUUACUUGUUUUAAUACGGCCAAAAAUGCAAGUUAGAUGCCAUCAGCUGGCUCCUAUCAAUGUAAAGGAGCAGCAGCUCAACUCUGAGCUCCUCUCGGAUGACCGAGCGCCUCCCUGUAUUUAUCACCCUUUAUGGGUGAGUUCAACCACCCUGCGGAGGGAACUAAUUUUGGCCUCUUGUAUCCAUCAUCUUGCUCUUGCAGUCACUAGCCAACACUUGUGACCAAAGGUGAGGGUAGGAACGUCACUUUAAUUGAAAAGUUUUCUUGUGGCUCAGCUCUCAACCACAAUGGUUUAGUAGAGCGACCGUGUUAUACUGCAGACGCUUGCCAAUCUACCAGUUGAUCUCAAGCGCCAGCUUCCACUCACUCAUGACAAGAUCCCAAAUAUACUUGAACUUCUCCAUUUGAGGAGAGACCUGACUCUCAAUCCAUCCUUUUUCCUACAAGAACCAUGUCCUCACAUUUGUAGAUGUAUUUACCCAUAAGCUUAAUACUGAGCUCUGAACCCCUUCAGUAAAUGCUAAAGGUCAUAGACUAAUGGGGCCAUCGGGACCACAUCAUCCGCAAAUAGCCGCGACCAGACCCUAAGGCCCUUAAUUCAGACACUCUCAACCGGCUGUACGGAGACCAAAUACUACGUACACAAAUCCUAUAUUUCCGGUGUGCCCCCGGUCUGUUCCCAGCUUCCGUGUAAUGUUGAAGGGAUGUGUCAACAAAGCCAGUUCCACAACAUCUAAAGCAUUAGGAAUUCAGGGUGAAUCUCAUCCAACCCUGGGGGUUUUGUUACUGAGGUUUUUUCUUACUACCUCAAAUACCUUAGGCCCGGCCAUGGGUAUGUCCACGUUUGUGUCCUCAGCUUUUGAAGGAUUCCUUGCUCUGCUCGGUUACAUCCCCAGUUGUGGUCAGAAGACCUCUGUUCCCAAUGUAAGUGUGGACCAGACACUCUUUCCCCUUUCUAAGUUGUCGAACAGUGGAUUAUUGACUCUUGCUUUUGUACAUCUGUGAUAAGGAAAAUGCUGUUACAUUUGAAUUCCAAAUGACUGUUUUUUAUACACAGUAGCAUUUGUAAAGGCAACUCUUACAUUGAAUGUCAUUCUGCAUUAAGUAUCAAGCUCCAUUCCAAUUUGAGUUGACAUAAAAAGACAGAAGAAUAAGUUGUACCCACUACCUUCUGGAAGGCACAAAACUUAUUUGAUAGAAUGUGAUCCUCAGUGCCAGAUAUCUUAUUAGACGAGGGUAGAAACGUUCCAACGGGACAACAAAUAGAUACGACAGCCAACUCAGAACUGGAAGCAUGUUCGAUGGCAUGAUGAUGAAUGAUAAGAGGCCUGAGUUGGUUGGUGGUGCCAAGGAAAACUGUGCUGUGCCUUCAAGAUAACAAAUUAGAAAAGUGGAAUUUCGCCAACAGUGGAACCUCCGAAUUUGAAAACCCUUUUAAGUUGUACAGUUUGAAUUAAAACUAAAAUGCUUUGAAAAAGGAAAUAUUAAAGUAAAAACAAACACAAUGAACAACGGACACAAUAUAAUUGCAUGACAUCUUCAUUGAAGACUCAAAAGAUUUACCUCCACACUAGUGUAGUUCGCAUUUAAUAUGUUUGUAAUGUCACCACAGCAUAAUACAAGUGAUGGCAAAGAGGAAAAUGUGAUGGUAAUCAUAGAACAGGAAAAGGACAAGUUGUACACACGUCUGUCAUUCUGCACACUGUACAAUAUGACUGAUAAAAUACAGGUGGUCCUCGGGUUACGAACAAGUUCCGUUCUUAGUCAAGUUUUAGUGAAAGUAAGAACGUAUGUUUAGAAGGACUUAUAAAAUACCGUAAUAAACAGAUGAAAAACAAGCAUUAAAUGAAACGGUAAUAGAAUUUAAUUUCUUUACAUAUACUGUAAGGUAAAUAUAUACAUUUCCUGUGGUUGUCUUUCACAUUGAAAAGGGUGUUGCAAGGGAGGCAGAGACAAAGAGAUCACUGUUCUGCCUAGUUCAGAGUAAAAGACCUUUCACAUGUUCAAAGAUACCAUCUUCAUCCUUGAUGAUUGUUUCGGCAUUUGUUGGACUUGCAUCCUGCAUGCAACCAUUGUUAGCAUUUUACGAUGUCUGAUUUUAUUUCACUUAUCACUUCCUAUCAUGUGCUGCCACCAGAAGAGUCUGCCUCCUAUUUGGGAGUCAUGUUGAAGGUUUAAGUUAAACAGAUCACUAAUUCUGUGGAGUCUAGCUCGCCAUGCAUCGAAGACCAAACCUCUGUUAAUAGACAGCGACAUGUGGGGACACAUGCACAACCAAUGCUCGGUUUGUCUCCUUGUCUCACUAGCAGGACUAACGGCUAGCCAUCUUGCUAAACAGUCUGGAGACACUUAUACGUCGAGUGCCAAGACUUUUUGCCGGCCCAAAGAGAGGGUGUCCAAUUGAUGAUGCGCAGGCAAACUGCAUCAUGGCUGUUUUUUUAUGGCCCGCGUAAACACACAAGAGUUUUGCCCCGGUUGAUGGAAAAACACUUGGUCAAAUUUUCUCCCUAGUAAAACCAACAAUUUGCCUUUUAGUGUGUGAUACUUCUCUUGUUGCCUUAUUUGUAUUUGACUUUAUUAAAUUGAUUUAUAUUACUAUUUGGAGCAGCCGGGCCGGAGCAGGAGGGGAAAGAAAGAGAAAAAAAGAAAGACAUUGUGGGGACAAAAGGGGGAUAAGACAGAGAGACAACAACAACAGCAAACACAACAAUAACAAUAACAAUAGAACAACACCAACAAAUAUGAUGGUAAGCGUGAUAGCAAAGAAGCAGUUAGUGAAAUAAAUAAUAAUACAGAAACGACAAUAAACACUAUUACACUACAAAUGGAGCAAUACAAAUACCAAUGGAAAUAUCACUAUUGGUAAUGAAUAAAAACAAUAAUUGCCUCUAUUAUCAACAAUACAAUUGUUCAAAUGCAACAAUACAUACAUGUAAUGAUAACUUGAAAUACAAAAGAAAGCAGAUAAAUGGAGGGAAAGAAAGAGAAGCCAACUAUAUUAACCUUGUAGAUUGUUAUAGUAACAAUAUGUUAAGCUUUGUCAGUGUGCCCAGUUUCCGCUAGGGCAACAACGUUAAUAUAUGUUUGAUGAAACGUGAUUAUAUGCAUGAGUGUAUGUAUAUAUAUGUACUUGUACAUGUACAAUAUAUGUAUAUGUAUGUUUGUACAGUGAAUGUGCGUGUGGAUGUACGAACUUUGAGUGUGUAGGUAUGUACUGUGUUUGUGUAUGCAUGUGGGAACGUAUGUAUGUACACAUGUAUGAAUAACUGUGUGUACGUGAGUAUAUAUGCGUAUUUGUAUGUACAAUAUAUUUGACUCCAUGUAUGUGCGGGAGCCAGAGUGCGGCCCCAGCCACUCAGAGAGCCCAACCCAAAACAGCAGGUGUGGUGCCCAGGGAACAAGGGACCACCAUCCCCACGCAACCAGGCCAGCCAGCGACAGGAAACCCAGAGUCCGACCCAUCGUCCCGCCCGGAGGAGCCAGCAGCAGGCCGUAGACAGACGCGGAGGACAAGGCACGGGAGAAGCCGGGGACAGCCAUCCCCCAAGCCAGCGAGAGACCACACCCCACACGGGCAGAAAGGCAGGACGCCCCGCCCGAGGGGCCCAGAGACUACCCGCAACCGGACGGGAAGACUGCCCCCGCCCCACCAGCAACCGGGCCCCCACGAGCCCAACCCCCAGUUCACAGCGGGGCCCGCUCCAGGUCACUCCACCCAAGUCGGCCGCCGCAGGGCCGCCUAGCACGGGGCCACGGGAACCAUCCACCCCACCUACAGGGACCCCAACGAUGGAGAUGGAACAACCAGCAACUUCCCUGUCGAAUCCUACCCCUGAGGGAGGGGAAACAUUUAAAUAAUAAUAAUAAAAUAUAAAUAAAAUUUAAAAAAUAUAAUAAUGAUUUAAAAAUAUAUAUAUAAUAAUAAUAAUAAUUAAAAAAUAUAAAUAAUAAUAAUAAUUAAAAAAAAUAUAUAUAUAUAUAUAUACAAAUUAAUUAAAAGAAGAUCACAGAUACGCUGACACACAAGGUUACUACCCCAGCAGCUGGCCGACUUGCAGCACCACGGAAUACCUUGCAGUGCACCAAGCUGCCACAAUAGACGCGAGGACUAGACCCAGCAGGCCCCAACCAAGACGGGCACCCGGAAGGGAUGGACGGUGGGACCCAGGAGCUCUAGACACACAGCCCGGAUGCAGUAGCCUGAGGCGCCAACCCCCACCUGACAAGCAGGCCCCGAGCGUACCCCCAUAAAUAUAUAUAUAUAUAUAUACAUACAUACAUACACACACCUGUGAUGAGGUGGCGACUUGUCCAGGGUGUACCCCGCCUUCCGCUCAAUUGUAGAUGUCCAGCGCCCUCCCCCCCGUGAUCCCGAAGGUAGAAAAUGGAUGGAUGGGCAUACAUACACACACACACACACACACACACACACACACACACACACACACACACACAUAUAUACAUAUAUACAUAUAUACAUAUACACGUACAUAGGAUGGAUGGGCAUACAUACACACACACACACACACACACACACACAUAUAUACAUAUACACGUACAUAGGAUGGAUGGGCAUACAUACACACACACACACACACAUACAUACAUAUACACAUACAUACAUACAUACAUACAUAUGUAUAUAUAUAUAUAUAUAUAUAUAUAUAUAUAUAUAUAUAUUAGGGCUGCGAAUCUUUGGGUGUCCCACUAUUCGAUUCAAUAUCGAUUCUUGGGGUCACGAUUCGAUUCAAAAUCGAUUUUUUUUCUUCGAUUCAACGCGAUUCUCGAUUCAAAAACGAUAUUUUUCCGAUUCAAAACGAUUCUCUAUUCAUUCAACACAUAGGAUUUCAGCAGGAUCUACCCCAGUCUGCUGACAUGCAAGCAGCGUAGUAGAUUUUUGUAAAAAGCUUUUAUAAUUGUAAAGGACAAUGUUUUAUCAACUGAUUGCAAUAAUGUCAAUUUGUUUCAACUAUUAAAUGAACCAAAAAUAUGACUUAUUUUAUCUUUGUGAAAAUAUUGGACACAGUGUGUUGUCAAGCUUAUGAGAUGCGAUGCAAGUGUAAGCCACUGUGACACUAUUGUUCUUUUUUUUUUUUUUUUAAAGUGUCUAAUGAUAAUGUCAAUGAGGGAUUUUUAAUCACUGCUAUGUUGAAAUUGUAACUAAUAUUGAUACAGUUGUUGAUAAUAUUCAUUUUUGUUUCACUACUUUUGGUUUGUUCUGUGUCGUGUUUGUGUCUCCUUUCAAUUGCUCUGUUUAUUGCAGUUCUGAGUGUUGCUGGGUCGGGUUUGGUUUUGGAAUUGGAUUGCAUUGUUAUGGUAUUGCUGUGUAUUGUUUUGUUGGAUUGAUUAAUUAAAACAUUUAAAAAAAUAAUAAUAAUAAUAAUAAAAAAAUAAAUAAAAAAAUCGAUUUAAAAAAAAUGAGAAUCGAUUCUGAAUCGCACGUAAUUCGAAUCUAUUUUUUCCCACACCCCUAGUAUAUAUAUAUACAUGCAUAUACCCAUACAUGCACACACAUAAAUACACACAUUUACAUCCAUCCAUUCACACACACACACAGAGGUACAGACACACACACAUAUACACAUUUAUACACCAACAAAUCCAUACACAGGCCGCCGGGACAGCGAUCAAGCCCCGGCACCCACUGCCCACUGAGAACCAGCCGAUCACCUCCCACAAGCCCCACAGGUCCAGCCGCGCACCCCCUCCCCCCAGGGACAACCCCCGACAAGCCCGUCCCAGACGACGGCACGACACCGGGCUUGAAGGGCGGCGCGGCAGAGUGCAAGGGCAGGCCCAGGCCGACACCCGACAAGCCAACCAACACGACAAUAAACGAGAAUGAAGCCAGAAAGUUCGCCAGCCUUGACAACCACUACAACACAACAUCAGGCACCCCACACCGGACCCAGCAGCCAUGGGCGCCCGCAGCAGAAACAGCAGCUGCAAUACCCCCAGACAGCCAGCACCACUCAAUCAAAUCAAAGUGAUCGAAAAACCGCGACCGGCAACCACACGCCAACAGGAUCAUGGAGACCAGCCAGCGCCAGCUCGCCAGUCAGCCCAAAUGCCAACAUGCAAACAAGAGACAUCAACACCUCCCCCACCAUCAGACUACGCCGACCUCCAGUCCCUAUUGAUGUGUGUACUGUAGCGUGAGUGAGAUAUGUAUGCUUGUGGGAACUAAUAGUGCGAUUAAAAUUGGGGGACAUCAAGGUCAUAGUGGGUCCCAACCAAGCCAAGCCCCCCAAACCCUAAGUGUCUAAUAUGCAGCUAAUAUUGAGGGGUGGACGAGCAGGGGACAAGCCAGGAGGACUGGAGCAACAUAGGAGGCAUCCUCAUCCUCCCGCCAUGCCUCCGCCAUUCACAUUCUUCAAUGACAACUUUGAUGUGUUCUGGGAGAGACGACAUCUCUUUAGGCUAGACGGGCUCCAUUUAGACAGAACUGGUACCCGCACAGAAAUCCCCCGAAACACCAAUUAUCCACCUUUUCACAAAACAGGUCACCUGACACCAUCAACAUGGCACUUUUUAACGUUCACUCCCUUUAAAACAGAACUUUGUUAUUGACUGGUGUUUAUUUAGACAAGUUAGACGGUCUUCUUUUAACUGAGACAUGGCUUGACGCAGCUGUUGCUCUCACUGAGGCAUCCCCAAUACAUUUAACCUUUAUUUCCUACUAUAAGAGGAAGAAUAGGAGGGACUGCAUCCAUUUUAAAUAACUCACUGACUUCAAAAGAAGUGUUUUUUAACAAAAAAAUACACAUCAUUUGAGCACCACACCUUGGUUUUUUAGGAAGCCCCCACCCCCACCCAUUCUCUGUGCAACAGUUUAUAGACCACCCAGCACUCUAGCUCUUUUAUCAGUGAAUUUUCUGAACUUUUAUCACUCUUUCAUAUCUCCUACAGCAAUAUUUUAAUAACUGGGCAUUUUAAUUUACGUGUUGAUGACAUCUCAUAUUCAAUAUCCAGAUAGUUUUCAAAUGUUUUUAAUGACUUUGAUUUUAAACUGCACGUCACACAGGGAACACACCCUGGACUUGGUUAUAAGUCAUGGCCUUUCCAUUGGUGUGUUGUCUGAAGACCUGGUGGCUGUGUCUAAACACUACUGUGUUUUUUUAAUAUCACCAGACUCAACCAGCAGGGACCCCCGGUGAAAACAGUGAAGAAACGCAAACUUUAUUAAGAUUUUACAGAACGCUCUUGCUGAAAUUUUACCUGCCCUUUGUGCAGUUAUCGUUGACAAUUUUACCAGUAAACCUAAGUCAACCCUGGACUCAGCAGCGCCACUUUCAACAAACAAACAUCAAAACAAAACCUACCCAUGAAGAAACAAGGAAUUACAUAAACUGGAAAUAAAUUGCAGAACUGCCAAAAGAUAAAGAAAAUCAAAAUGAACCAUUUAUUAUCAGAUUUUUCGUUAACGGACAAUAACACAGUCAAACAGGCUGGUAUUUACAAUUACUCACAACUCACCACAGACCUUUAAAACCACCCCCAGUUCCCCUUCUCCACUAAUGGGUACACAUUUUAACAAAGCUUUUAAAACACCAUCUGACGCUCUUUGCGAGGACUUUGCAGACCACUUCGGAACCAAGAUCAGGGAGGUCAGAUCUAAAAUAAAAAGCUCACAGUGUUGGUUCUUCUAAUCUAAGGGCAUGAUACAUGAUAGAGUAGACCAGUCCUUCUCCCCAGUGGUGAGCGCGUUGCGAUGCUAGGGGGGCACCAUGUGAUAUCGAGGAGUUUGCUUUUUUUGCCGUACCAGAAUAUGACGAAGCGUAUGUAGCACUUGGCUUCACUGUAACCACAGUGGGAGAUGAUGAAAGACCAGUGUGUUGUUUCCUUCAAUAUUAUUCAGAGGUAUAGUUAUAACAAUUUUAUAGACAAUUUAUACAAUAUUUAUAUUCACUGUGGAGAGUGGGGGGGAUGCGAAAUAUUUUCUUCUUCCUUUGGAGGGGCGCAACAGAAAAUAUUUGAGAAACACUGCAAAUGUAUUAAAUUGACUUAGACACGUGGUCGACAUCUCUGGUACUGUAAUAACUGUUUUAAAAAAAAUAAAAAUAAAAAUUACAGCCACCUACCUUUUCCCUUCUAUUAGUUCACUGUGCGGCAUUAUGUCUUUCUGUUGUGUGGUCAUGUGACCAAACAGGACCAAUCACCACCUUUAUAUAACCUGUACGAGUCUACAGUACGAGCAGGGCAUGAGCGUGCAAAAGUUGCUGAAAAGGAAGAAGGCAAUAAGCCUAUACUCAGCCACAUAGUUUAGGGGGCCAAAAAUAAUCCAUUUUCAAAUUAAUCAUGAUCACGACAAUUCUUAAUUGACUGAAAAAAAUCCAAAAUAAAUCAUGUAUA